AUGUGUCCAGAGCCAGGAAGAGAUGAGGAAGGUGUCAUCUUGAGUUUAGCUGACGAUCUCUUUCUCACCCCCCAGUCGGUCACUCGAAUAAUCGGACAGAGACUUGAAUUCAACUGUAGCGUAAAUGAAGAGAAAAACUGCAAACGUGCGCUGUUCUUCUGGCGGCACAGACACGUUUGUCUAAACAGCAGUGAAGACGCGGAAAAGGAUAUUCUGGGUAAAGGACGGUUUUCAAUCAGCACUGAGUCGCUAUCGAGCUCUCUGCUCAUCACGGACUUGAAGGUUACAGAUUCAGGUUACUUCAACUGUUCUGUGAUGUGUGGAACGAUUAAAAUAGAGUUCAUAUGGAAGAGCUCACAAGUGGAAGUGAGAGCUGUCCCCAAACUGAACCUCCAUUACCAGACAUCAAGUGAAAACCCCAACAUCCUCCACCUGAUCUGCAGUGCUGUGGGCUUCUAUGCUCCCAAUAUAACCCUGUCUUGGGACCACUCACUUCAUGAAGUGACCCAUUCUAUCCUGCCAGACAAUGCCACACUCCUUGAGGAUGGCACCUACAACAUUAGCUCUGUUCUGCAUGUGAAGACUUCUCUGUGGAGCCCUGGGGAAGAAAUCGGGUGUGUGGUGAACCACAGCUCUCUGACAGGGCCACUGAGGAAAAACAUCACGCAAGAAAGGACAAACUGGCACUGGUGUCUACUCCUUCUUUUUACUAUUCCAUUUCUCAUUUGUGCAUUUUUGUCAGUGAAGAGGUGCAGGGCUCAUACAAAAAGAGAAGUGCCUGUGCGUUGUGCUGAAGUGAACUAUGAAAAGGAAGAUGAGAUCUGCUAUGCUUCAAUUCAGCACACAAAACAAACAAAGAAAGAUAAGAAGAAAGAAAGAUUAUGUGCACAAAAAGCAGACCAGUUCUCACCUGCCAAGAGGAAACAGAAGAAGUCUAACAUGAACGAGGACACUGUGAACUAUGCCACCUUGAACUUCAGCCACGGCCGGAGAAUUUAAUUC